GACGACUCGUUUCCUGAUGCAGCACAGAUUGUGGCGUGCUGCUUUGAAAGCUUGCGGCACGUAAUUCUGCCGAUGUCCAACAUUAGCAAGGCAGAAGUGUUGGCCAUGGUAAUGAGGUUUGUUACGUCUGAGAACCUAACGUGGAGUGGUUUAGACAACUUGCUGUCACUGAUUAAUGUUAUCUGUGGAAUGGAGGUACUUCCUCGUACCAAGUAUCUGUUUAGAAAGUUGUUGGCGUCGAAGCUCGGGCGUUCAACAGAUUUUUACUACUGCAAGUUCUGUGAAGGCUACCUACCUACACCAGAGGACAGGACAUCAAAAAUUAUAUGUGCAACAUGCCAGAACUGCACCACCAUCUCGGAGCUUCGAAGCAAGGGCAGCUUCUUCACCAUCCUUGAUCUACACGACCAUGUGCGGCAGAUUAUCGGCAAGACGUCAGAGGGGCUCUUCACCAACUUAGAGAAAUUGAACGACAAUUCUGAAGAGACGAUAUCUGACUUCACUGAUGGAAGCCUCUACAAGAAACUCAAAACCAGUGGUGCAUUGGAGUGGGGGGACUUGACCAUCACCUUCAACACAGACGGAAGCCCCAUUUUCAAGUCGUCGAAGGCGUCUGUGUGGCCUCUCCAGUUUGUUAUCAAUGAAGUGCCGGCCUCCGAGCGUUUCUUGGCAAGUGGAGUUGCUGGCAUUUGGUUCGGCACAAAACAUCCGAACAUGUCACUUUUCCUGGACAAGUUCGUCGAGCAUCUCUCAAACAUGAGCCCCAUAGUUUGGCAGUCAAAUUCAAGAACAGUGACUUCAAAAGUCUACGCUGUAUGCUCUUGUGUCGAUGCUCCGGCACGUGCUGCCGUCCAGAACCAAGUUCUCUUCAACGGUUACUUCGGCUGCCCAUGGUGCUUGGCUCCUGGGGAACACGUUGAAGGUAAAUUAUAUGAGAUCUGUUCAACGUGUUCUCGUUCCUUUUGUCACAUUAUCUAUUAA